ACAACUUUAGGCGUUAAACAAAUAAGAUAGCAAUGAUUUAUAAAACCAUAUUGUUAAUAAAUUACAUUUAAAGGUAAGAAGUAUAUUCAAUAUUACGAUUUAUGGAGGUGUGAUCCGUAAAUCUCGCUGCUUAUAUAUAAUAUACACCUUAAACGCUUGCAUUUUCCACACCAAAGCGCUUCACUUAGCUUCUUCCUCUUAUUCGUUGCUACAAACAAAAUCGGCAGUUUCAUUUCGAUCCCUCAAGAUGAGUGAAGAAACGAAAGAGGACCAGAAGCUCCAGCGUCCUGCUCCUCGUCUUAACGAGAGGAUUCUCUCAUCCUUGUCGAGACGAUCCGUAGCUGCACAUCCAUGGCAUGAUCUUGAGAUCGGUCCUGGAGCUCCACAGAUUUUCAAUGUGGUUGUUGAGAUCACAAAAGGAAGCAAGGUCAAAUAUGAACUUGACAAAAAGACAGGACUCAUCAAGGUUGAUCGCAUUCUUUACUCAUCAGUUGUUUACCCUCACAACUACGGAUUCGUUCCUCGCACAUUAUGUGAGGACAAUGACCCGAUUGAUGUGUUAGUCAUCAUGCAGGAACCUGUGCUUCCUGGUUGUUUUCUGCGUGCCCGUGCUAUUGGAUUAAUGCCUAUGAUUGACCAGGGUGAAAAAGAUGACAAGAUCAUUGCGGUUUGCGUUGAUGAUCCUGAGUACAAGCAUUACACUGACAUUAAAGAACUUCCUCCUCACCGUCUCUCCGAAAUCCGUCGCUUCUUUGAAGACUACAAGAAGAACGAGAACAAGGAAGUUGCAGUUAAUGAUUUUCUGCCUUCUGAAUCUGCUGUUGAAGCUAUCCAGUACUCAAUGGACCUUUAUGCUGAAUACAUUCUCCAUACCCUGAGACGCUGAAGCUUUUCCUCGGAACAUUUCUGCAACAUUUUGUUCCUGUUUCUUUCAAUGAUAAUAAGAAGCAUUUGAUCCUUAUUGACACUGUUCUCUGCAUUUUCUUAUGGACUUUCUUAUUUGUGAACUCAAUAAUUUUGUCUUAAAGACCCUUCUUCUUUGGGUAUUUACGUUUUUGGUUUUAA